AUGGACAGCAGUUCCCCAGACGAUGCCGAUACGCAUACGCUUGACGACGGGCAAUCCUAUCGCAGAGCGAGAACCAUCUUCCAUCACCGCCGCGCCGACAAUGAUACCUUAAACUCCACGCGCUCUAUAUACGCCUCCAAUGUGGUCUAUACGGAGCUGCACGGCCGCCGAUAUUGCAAGGACUACUAUAUGCCCAACGACGAGGAUGAGCAGACCCGAUUGCAGAUGCUGAACGGGGUUUAUUACAGCCUGUUCGGCCACCGGCUGACCACCGUCCCCCUCACCAACCCCAAGAAGAUCCUCGACAUCGGCACCGGGACCGGCGAGUGGGCCAUGGCCAUGGGCGACGAGUACCCCGAGACCGAAGUCAUUGGCACCGACAUCGCCAAGAUCCAGCCCGGGGCAGCGCCGCUCAACGUCUUCUUCGAGAUCGACGACGCCGAGGAGGAGCACGGCUGGACGUGGGCCGACGACGAGUUCGACUUCAUCCACUUCCGCUACAUGUGCGGCGCCUUCACCUCCUGGGACCACAUCUACCGCCAGACCUUCAAGCACCUCAAGCCGGGCGGCUGGAUCGAAGUGAUCGACUUCGACGACCACGCCACGCUCCUCCAAUACUUCCCCAGCUCGACGUCAGCCGUGCCGCGCUUCCUCAGCUCCAUCGUCGAAGGCUGCCGGCUCGCGGGCCGCCCCCGCACCACCACGCACCUCGAGCCCGCGAGCCUCGCAGGCCUCGGCUUCGUCGACGUGCGCUGCACGACCUACGACAUCCCCAUGGGCGUCUGGCCCGACGACGCCCAGGCCCAGAAGAACGGCAAGCACUCCCUGGUCACCAUGCUCCUGGGCCUGGAGGCCGUCAGCCUGCGCGUCCUGACGGAGCAGCUGGGCUGGAGCGUCGACGAGGUGCGCAACAUCUGCGACGCUGUCACGCGCGACGUCUGGAAGAUCGCGACGGAUGCCGACCGCGCACAUGGCUUUGGCGUUAAGCUUAAGGUGCUGGUGGCGAGGAAACCGGAUGCUGGGGAGGGCAAGGGGGAGGGGGAGGGCGGCUGA